UCAUUCUAAUGACUGGGUGUGCACAGUGCAUAGUCUGAUUUAUUUCGUGAUGUUAACGUAAUGCGUAGAAUGCUGUAAUUAUUACAGUAAUAAGCGCACAAGACAAACAUGUUUUGUUUUAAUACCGGGAAUAAAAUAAUAAUAAUUAUGAUCACCGGCGAUCAUGAGACCUUUCGAAACCAUUGGACAGAAUUUACCUGUCCUAAUCGCCCUGAGUUUAAUUGGAUUAUCGCAUAGUUUACCACUGAAUUUUCGCUUUUCGCCCCGUUUCGACUAUGCUGACCGCGAAACCAAUAAGCAUGCCAGAGCUGUAGCACAGCAUUCCAAAAAGCAUCAUGCACACUCAGGCGCGGCGCACCGAUAUCCUGCCCAUCGGCGGUAUCCGCGGUCGGUGUCGGUUGAAGACAGACUUAAAUUCCUUAAAGCCCGGUUAGCUGCCUUGAAAGAUGAACUGGCAUCCCGGCAAUCAAAAACCGUGAAUCAAGACAUCGAUUCUGGAAUCAUGUUCGACAAAGAGGAUCAACAUGGAAAGGUCGACUGGCCAGCGAAACUCCACAAUAAGCACAUCUUCUCUCGAACCGUUCAAAUUCUCGGAGCAUUUCCGAAAGCCUUUCCAGAACCUCCCAUCUACCAGGUGGCCGCCGCGAAUGCUGCAAACGCAGCUGCCUUAGCCAGGAAAACCAAUCAGGAUUUAGGCGCAGUCAGCGCCGACAAGAAGAUCAUCGAUGAUCGUCGAAAACUGUUGGAUCUGAAACGGAAGCAGCAAGAGGAUUUAGAACGUCAGCAACAGCAAAUGCAAGAAGAGCAGGAAAUCCACGACAAGCAAGAGCGCAUGAGAUCGUUUGACCAACCGCGAACCCAUAUUGUGAGUGAUGAAAUGACAGAUGAGAAUGUCAUGACCGCCGAUACACCUUUCUAGUGAUGUGUCACCCAGAUGCAAAAAAUAUCUGUAAGGAUAACUGUCAUUCCUCUUACUGGAAAAGCAAAGUCUCCGGGACAUGUAGCUGAAGUGGUAUGAAGCUUUAUAUUGUAUAAUAACUGUGUAUUAAAGGCUUUAAGUUA